AUGUUGCGAAUCUGCCAGACCUCUGGCUCAUCACCAUUGGAGAAUAUUGUUCAACUCAUUUCUGCUGCUGUCAUUAUCUUCGAACACUCUUUCUAUAUUUGCAACAAGCGGCGCUAUCUUCAGGACAAGCAGAAGUCUGAUCCCUCUUUCUAUGUCGCUCUAGAGCAGUACAUGCCAUCUCCGCAAGCAGCUGCUAUCAGGGAGGGUGUGAGCGUCGUUGUCCACACAUUCCAAGGACGCCUGUCUACUUGGAAAGUGAAGCCAUUGUUUGGACGCUUCCAGAUAGGAAAACAAUCGAUCCGUGACUCCCCAAAGACGGAGUUGGUCAAGACGAUUGUUAAUAUCGCUUUAGAGCAUCGCCUGCCAAGACCUCAAUAUCAAGCAGUGGAACACAACACAGAUGGUGUUCCGACGGGGAGCUAA